AUGGUUAUAGGUUCUGGAGUAUACAGAAUCGGCAGUUUUGUAGAAUUUGAUUUGUGUGCUGUAAGUUGUCUACGUGAAUUUCGAAAUUUGAAUCGUAAAACCGUAAUGGUUAAUUAUAAUCCUGAAACGGUGAGCACGGAUUACGACAUGAGCGAUCGUCUUUACUUCGAAGAAAUUACAUUCGAAGUAGUAAUGGACAUUUACGACAACGAAUCGCCAGAAGGAAUCAUUUUAUCUAUGGGUGGAAAAUUGCCGAACAAUAUUGCUAUGAAUCUUCACAGACAACAAGCUAGAAUACUUGGAACGUCACCAGAAUCU